CUCGACACCAGACGCGCGAGAACCACUGUACCGCUCCCGACGCUAUCGGAACCACAAGCCACCAUGGGGCUCACCUACAACACGUACCUCAACAGCAACCGCAUCUUCGGCUGCAAGGGCUGCAAAACCCACCUCGCCAACCACGACGACAUCAUCAGCAGGAACUUCCGGGGCCAGCACGGCAAGGCGUACCUCUUCCACAGCGUGGUCAACGUCGAGACGGGCGAGCCGUCGGAGCGCAACAUGACGACGGGGCGGCACGUGGUGCGCGACAUCAGCUGCCGGCAGUGCAAGGAGGUGGUCGGGUGGAAGUACGACAAGGCGUACGAGCCGAGCGAGAAGUACAAGGAGGGCAAGUUCAUCCUCGAGGCCGAGCUGCUCUGCACCGUCAGUUAGUUUGGUUUUUUUACGUCCGGUGUCCUCCCGGUUUUCCUUUUUUUCGUAAACGGCGUGGGAGUGGGCAGUUAGGGGCGAAGUUUGGAAUUUGGGGGACUUGGUUCCUUUGGGGUCUGAAUUGAACAAUGGAGGGUGAGAGCAAGGGGGAAACAAACACGCGGCGUUGAGCACAGGCAGGGGGAGGAAGAACGCGGACGGUCGGUUGAGAGGCAGACAAGGCCGGAGUGCUUGCGGGUUCGAGCGUUGUUUUCCUUUCGUUUCCUCCGCGCCAGGCCAUAC